AUUCGCGAGAUAGAUCGAAAAUAUUACGUUUAGAACAAAAAUACUGAAAAAGCACACGCGUAGCCGGCGUUGAGGUUCUGAGGUUCUGUCUAUUUUCAGCAAUUUUUCUGCUGGGUGGCUUUGUUGAAUCUGCUGAAGGUUCACCACACAGGCUCAUCUGACCAGUAACUGAAGUAAGACCAUGGAGGCGUGCAUUCCGCCGGGGCUGUGUGCCCUGUACAAGGCGUGCAGCCGCCUCUAUCCGGACCAGCUGAACCCUCUGCAGAUCACCGCCGUCCGAAAAUACUGGCUGGGCGGUCCGGACCCUCUGGACUACAUCAGCAUGUACUGGCACGACGGAGGGACGGACGAGGCCGUGACACCCCAUUGGCACUACGUCAGUUUCGGCCUGUCGGACCUGCACGGCGACGGGCGGCUUCACGAGCCGAGCGGUCCCGACACACCCAGCGGCCUGGGCCUGGAGCUGACGUUCCGGCUGCGCCGUGAGCCGACCGAGACCACGCCGCCCACCUGGCCCGCCGCCAUGAUGCAGGCGCUCGCCAAAUACGUCCUCCAGUCGGGUAACCUGCUGGUGAGCGGUGACCACGUGUCCUACCACGUGCCUCUGGACGGCGGCGAGUCUCGGCUGCAGCACAUCCUGCUGGCGUCUGAUCCCGACCUGGGUCAGGUCACCACGCCGUUCGGGCCCGUCCAGUUCGUACAGAUCGUGGGCAUCACGCCUGAGGAGCUGGAAGCUGUCCAGCAUUGGAACGGCUCCGGAAUGGUGGACAUCAUGAAACGCUGCCGCGGCGCGGGCGGACCGCUGCUGGUGACUGACAUGCGCCGCGGAGAGUCGGUGUUUGAGCUGGAGCCGGCCGUCCGUGAGGAGGUCGAGUGCGGUAUUGAUGUGGAGGGCUCCAACCUGUCGGGUGUGUCUGCCUGGCUGAGCUGGGCGCGCCGCCAGUCCGCAGACCCGGCUGACCCGGCUGGAACCGCGGCGGCUGCUGACGACGACGCGGCGGCCGAUCAGGAGGACGCGCCCCGCGAGGUCAGUGAGAAGCAGCGCCGUCAGAUUCGCGACACACUGCAGCGCGGUCUGCUGCAGGUCAACAGCGGCGCCGGCAGGAGCGGCUCGGCCGCCGGCGCACAGCCGCUGGAGGCCAUGUACCGCCGGGCGUCAGACGGCAGCAGCUCCAGCGGCGACGCCACCGACACUCCCGACAUCCCGCCCUCGGACCGGCUGGACAAGCUCGAAUCGCUGCACCUCAGCUUCAACCUCGAGUCCGGACUCAUGCUGCCGCUCGCCCUGCGGGGCCGCCUGAAGCACGGCCGCCACUUCACGUUCAAGUCGAUGGCGGGCGACUGUGCCGUCACGCUGGUAUCGCCGUCUGUUCAGGGCUCUGUGUGCACGGAGGCGCAGCCGUACGUGGCGCGCGGCCGGUGGCUCCAGGUGCGCCUGGCGCCGGCGCUCGUCGACCGCAUGCUCUGCGACCUGAACGUGCUCUCCGACCCCGACCAGGUGGUGCUACCACAAACCUUCAGCUGGGAGGACGAAAACCUGGCCGUCACCAUCGUCUCCGACCCCGUCUGACCGGCCGCCUGGUGUAUCACCAGCUGUCACCGCCCUGUCACCGGUCACAGGUCGGUCCUCGCCGGGCUGUGAGCGGCGCUCGGUGUCACUCGGUGAUGAGGUGUCACUCCUACUGUCAGUAGAUGACACUAUGUGUCACCGUCUGACUGCGUGUGACCGUCGCGCUGUCAUGCGCUCUGUUUGACCCCUCUCCCUGGUGACCGUCCCGGAGUGGGCAGUGUUCAGGUCGUCAGUGUUAAUUAUAGGCCACAGUGCUCCGCCGGGGGACCCGCCCCUGCUCGGACUCGUCAGUCUCUGACAGACCGCUACCCGCCGUGUGAACGGCUGCUGAGACCGCUCACACCAGGCACCGCGAUCGUCCCGGCUGUCUGUAGUGACAUGACGUGUGGUCCACGGGGUAAUGAACCCCUCACACCGAACGGCCGCUAGACAGUAGACUGGCAGACGGUUGGGGACGCGAGGAGGGAUAACUGCAGGUGGCAUUGCCCCGGGCGGUGUAUUCCGCUGCUGUCAUAGGCGGUCACUCGAAUCGUAUUGCCACGCUGACGGUAAUAACUAGGCCCGGCUUAGGCGAAGGAAGACAUCGAAGCGUUUUCCGGUAUCGGUCUGGUGGCAUUGUUUUGCCGCCGAUACACCAGUUGUUGGUAGUUGACGAUACUAACUAUUGGUGAAAUUGAUUAUGUAUUUUGACGCUUUCUGCUGUGCUGAUUUUUAUUGCCUUUUUAUAUCUUCUGUUUACCUUUUUAGGCCAGUUUUUACUCAGUAACACAUCCUCGUCAAAGACGUUAAAAUAUGCGAAUCUCCCAUUUUGAACGACGUUUAAACAAUGCUCACCUUUCUAGUAAGCGAUAUCACCGGCCGUUUCGCCUGGCGAGUACCGGCUGAUCUCACCGCACCGUCGCCAUGCCGAUUUUGAUACCCUGUUUGUAUGUGUGACUGCGAGUGUUGUUAAAG